CUCACAUGGCAGUGUUUUGUAAACAUCAGUUUAAAAGUAAAUACAAAUUUAUACUAAAAUAGCUAAUAUUCGAGAUUAUUAAUAGUGUAACUUCUCAUGUAAACAAGUCUGCUGCAAGACAUGGGAAACAAGAAAAAAUCUCGAUUGCAAUUUAAAGGCAAAAAAAGCAUUAGCAAUACUUUAGAAGAAACAAAGUCACAAAAUGAACUACAAUCUUCAAAAAUGAUGAACAAAGUUAGAAAAAAGCAGCUUCUGGAAGCUAAUGAUGAAGAAGAUAGAACUAUUAAGAGACUGGAAAAAUUAUUAAAACUCAAAAAGAAAAAGUCCAAAAAGAAAUUGCCUUCUUGUUUUGCUGAUGAUGGUCUUGAUUAUCUUCUUGAAGUUAUAGACAAAAAAGACGGUGAGAAAAUUCUUUCAGAUGGCUCCGAAGAUCUUGAAAAUGAUUUAGCUGCUGCUACAAGUGAUACACUAGUUCCAGAGAAGAAGCGGAAACUGCAAUCAAAGUCGAUGUUAAAUUCUAAAAAGCAAAGAACUUUAACUGACCUUUUAAAAGAGAAGGGAGAGAAGGAGUCCGAAUCAGAAGAGAGUGAAUCACCAUCUGAUGAAGAAAUGAGUGAUAAUGAUUCAGAUGAAGUUUUAAGUAGCAAUGAAAAUGGUUCUAAUGAAGAUGAAACAUUAAAAAGCAGUGAUUCGGUUGGCACUCGUAAACCAAAAAUUUGGGAAGACAUUUACGGAAGAUUUAGAGAUGAAUCUGGAAAUGUCAUUAAAAGUACUUCAUGCACUCAAAAUGUCUAUGUACCUCCAAGUUUAAGGAAAGAAAAUGAAAAACAGGAUUUGACCAAGCAGGAAGAGUUGCAAAAAAUCAAGAGACAAUUAAAAGGCUUGUUGAACAGAUUGAGUGAAUCCAACAUGCUUCCAAUAGCUCAUCAAAUUGAAGAAAUGUUUAUGAAAUACAGCCGAAAUGAUAUGAAUGAGUCUUUGUUUUCUUUGAUGUCAGAACUUGUCUUGUCUUCUAUGUUAACACCUUCCCGUCUCAUAUUGGAACAAGCGAUGUUGAUAUCACUCUUACAUGCUAAUGUUGGCUCAGAAAUAGGUGCUUACUUUCUGCAGCAUUUAGUUGAAAAGUUAGAUGCACUCUUUAAAUUAGAACCAGAUUAUGGCGAUGGAAAAGAAUGCAACAAUGUUUUGAUUUUUUUAUCUCAUCUUUAUAAUUUUAAGGUUACUCAUUCAACAUUGAUUUUUGACAUCUUUCAACUUUUGAUUCAAUCUUUUAGAAGCAAAGAUAUAGAGUUAAUACAAUUGUUUUUGAAAAACAUUGGGUUUGUUUUGAGAAAAGAUGAUCCCAUUAAAUUAAAGGAAAUCAUUUUGUCAAUUCAGUCUAAAGCUGGUUCUGUUUCAAAAGAUGAACAUAACUCUAGGGUGAGUUUCAUGUUAGAUAUUUUAACAGCUAUCAAGAACAAUAAUAUGUACAAAAUUCCUGAUUAUGAUCCUAGUAUUAUUGAAUACAGUAAGAAGUUACUGAAGGGACUGAUUCGUAAAGGUAGCUCUAUACAAGAAUUGGCGAUAUCUUUUGAAGAUUUAUUAAAAGCAGAAGAACGAGGACGUUGGUGGAUUGUAGGGUCAGCAUGGUCGGAACGUGAAAACCCACCUGAAUCAAGUACUACCCAAAAUAAAUUGCUACCGAAAACUGAAGUUAGUGAAAAAAUCUUAGAAAUGGCUCAAAAGCAGCAUAUGAAUACUGAAGUUCGAAAAUCUAUAUUUUGCAUUAUCAUGACAGGAGAAGAUUAUAUGGAUGUUUUUGAGAAAUUACUGAAACUCAAUUUGAAGAAUCAACAGGAACGAGAAAUAAUCAAUGUUAUUCUUCACUGCUCACUGAAUGAGCAAAGUUUUAAUCCUUUUUAUGCAUAUUUAGCUGGAAAAUUCUGCAAUUUUGCUCGAAAGUUUCAGAUGGCUUUGCAGUUUGCCUUAUGGGACAGAUUCAAGGAGCUGUCAAAAUUGAAACCUCAACAAAUCAGUAAUCUUGCUCGUUUUCUUAGCCAUUUGUUUACAUCUGGGGCACUUCCGUUGUCUGUGUUAAAGGUGAUUCAUUUUUCUGACAUGGACAAAACAAUGGUUCGUUUCUUCCGUCAAAUUCUGUUGGGAAUACUGCUGCACGAUUCUGAAGAAACGUGUUGUGCUGUUUUCAAGCGCAUUGCACCAGCUAAGAAUUUGUCCUUACUGAGAGAAGGCUUGAGACUCUUUAUGCAUCAUUUCCUUUUGAGCAAUCAAUCCAAGUUUGAACCUGAAGUCUCAGAAAAGUUGUCCGACCGUAUUAAAUUAGCUGAAAGUGCUUUGAAUUCAGCUAAACAUGCAUUUAAAUUAUGAAACAUAUUUUCCUAAUAAAAAUGUACGUAUUUAUUUAUAUAAA